AUGUACCUGAAGCAAUACUGUGAUACAGCAGUAGCAGCAGCUCCUGGGACAACAUCAACAACUCUCUCUAAUGCUGAGGAGAAGAUAUUUGAUGGAGACCCCGUGAAUUAUUGCAAUGGCAUCUGUUCAUUUGAAAAUCUUAUCAAAGAUAACAGGGGAAACAGUAGCACAAGGCUGUACCACUUAGUGCAGAAUAGAGAAGGAUUUUAUGAUGGGAAAACUAUGUGCUUGAUAAUAAAGGCAAUUGUAAUUUAAGCCUCAAAGCGUCAAACUGUGUCAUGGCUGAAUUUACUUGUCCAGGCCGUAGGAGAACACUAGCCCAACCACAAGAGUUAGGACACAGUGCAAGCCAUGCGAAAGAAAAAUAGAAAAAAAAAUUGAAAAAGCAGUAAUACAAAGAAAUAACCGCAAGUUAACCAUUGUAUUUGAGUGUUUAACACCAAAAAGCACUUAAAACUAAUCCGUAAAAAAAGUUCUUAACCCUAAACAGCCCAUAUAACCCUAAUCCAUAAAGUGAGUGUUUAAAGCUAGUCAGUAAAAUGAGCGCUUAACCCCCAUCAGUGAAAGUCGAUCAAUACUGCGUUAUUCUGCAAAUAUUCCAUCAGGAAAACUUAGCAGGAAACAUUUUCCAUGCAUUUACAAUUUCAUACAAAUCUAUUUUUCACAUGCUUUGCAUGGCUCGCUGGCUUGCAGAUUAUGCGAAUCCGACCAAAAGGGAAUUCACCUCCCCUAUUGCUACCAUAUUGAUAGAAACUAUAAAACGAUGGAGAGAGAAUGUCAAGAAAGGGGUGAAAAACAAGUUUGUAUGCCUCGGUUUUAUGAGAUCUGGCAUGAAAAGAUUCCUGAUGUGAAGGUCAAUACAUUUCUGUCUGAUUUGGAUGGUGUGAACACCAAUAAUCUUGGGUUUGAACACGUCAAUAAAGUUUUUACUCCACUGUUGUUUAACAGAACAAAAGGUAAACACCCAUGGAAAAACCAGGGAAGCAGUUUUCAUUUGACUAAAUGUUCAAAAGAUUUGCAAAAUGCAAAGAUUGUAAGGGGGCUAAAGUCUACAAUAAACAAAGUGAAAAAAGGACAUUCACAGGUUACUUGAUGCACAUCUUAAUGUAGUCAUAUAAGAAUUUUUUUAUUUCAAAAAUAUAAAUCGUAAGUUAGUAAUUUUCUUUCCUAACAAAAACAGGUGAUACCUUGACAUAAGGACAUAAAUGCUGUCCUUAUGGUUUUGGUAAGCAGGAAAGAGAGAAGGAACUGUCACCAUCAUAGGUGCAAAGCAAAGCACCACCCUAAAAAGUGUGACAGUCAUUCAAGAUGGAAUAGAUAACAGCAAAAUGCCCCUUCCAAGAGAAAGAAAGGGUCUCAAAGGAACCUGCGAUUUAUGCCCAAGGAAAAGAGAUAUUUGCCUGCCUAGAUAUUUACGAGUGGCCUCACGAUCCCAAUGACCGCUAAUGCUCUCAUAUGUGUUGUCAACAAGUUUAAUAGUCUGCAUGGCCUGGCCCCAGUAUUGUACCUCCAGCUUCAUAAUUGUGUAAGAGAAAACAAAAACAACGUUAUACUUUGUUUCCUUUUUCUGCUGGUUGACUUAGACGUGUUUCUGAAGGUGUAUCCUGACUUGAAAUAAGAAAAAGAGAUGAUGAAUCGGUCACUGAAUCAUGAAUUAACACUUAAUUUCUUGUUUAGAUCCGCCAUGACUUUCUUCCAGUGGGACAUGCCCAUGAGGAUAUUGACGCUUUCUUUGGAGUCCUAGCACAGUUUAUUCGAAUGAGAGGUGCCUAUGAUAUUGAAAGUAUCAUCUACCUGUAAUUCAACUUUUAGCUUUCAAAACACACUCAGCAUAAAUUCAUUUCUUCCAUGGACUUUUGACAAGAAAUAUUGCACUCGUGACGGAUAAAAAACAAACAAAUAAACACAACCCCCUCCAGGGUCUUUACUCCUAAACCAGUCAUUUUAAAAAGCUGGUUUAAGUAUUUAAAACGCCAUUCAUGUACAAGUGGUAUAGUUAUCCUUGGGGUACGUUUUGCCUUCCAUCAACAAACCUGAUAGGUAGAGUGCACUAAAUUUUCCAAUGAUCAGUUGAGACUUACAUGUAAACUGAGUAUUAGCAACUUAAUUCAUCUUAUUCUUGUUUAAGAUCUUAUAGGAGACAUCAAGGAAUGCAUGAAUAUACCAUGACCUCCAGCCUUCCACCUUGUGCAGAUGUCGGACGUAGGAGCAUGGAGGAAAUUCUCAAGAGAAAACCUACACAAGCAUGUCCAUUCGCAUUGCUUUAAGUUUGAAAAGGUAGAUUCAAAGCUGGUCAUGUACUACAGGAAAUGGAGCAAAGAUGAAGAAAUGGGGCCAAUAAACAUCUAAAGGACAAUAGGCCAACUUGUCUACCUCAGUCCUGCCUUCCUUAAACAGGCAACAUCACAUGCAGGCGAACAAAAGAAUUCUGGGAAGGAAAAGACAUUAAGCAACCCUGAAGACUUGCUUUUGUCAGGUUCUUCUGCAAGUUGGCCCCCACAACGUUUGAGGAACCCAAGAAGGCCUGGAAGUUCGAUAGAUCAGAAUAUAAAUCAAGGUAUAAGAAGAAAAAGGUACUCUACAGAGGACAAGAAGCAGUAUAGAAAGAGAAAAUUGAGGAAGAAAGAAGAAAAAGAGAUUUCACCGGUGAAAGAAGUGGUCCCUGCUUUGAUUGAGCCACAAGCAGUACAGAAGGUCGCACCUUGUUCCAGAGCCAACACCAUUCUCAAUAUGGCAGUUAUCCCACCUGUCCUGCAAAAGAGUUUAAAAUGAAUAAUAUUUACAAAUUCAAAUAAGAGACAGGAGUUAUUUGUGAACUACAACAUCACCACGCAAACUUUCCUUACGUUUUAGGAGUCUGUUUAAAAGAAAAACCUGAUUUAAUGAUAACACAAUUUUAUGGUGAGGCAAAUAAGUCAUUUCCCUUGAACAAGGCAGUUUACCGUAGCAUAAUUUGACAAAGUGGGCAAAGUUUUCAAGCGAACUGUAGAUGCAGUCAAUCUAUUUCAUUCAUGAAUCCGGUUGGCUACACAACGACAUUAAGGAAAAUAAUGUCUUAAUGCAUCAAGUUUCAAAGUAAUGGAAACCAAAUGAUAUUGAUUUCGGAAAAUGCAGACCAAGUUCAAACCCAAAAUGGUACGAUCUGUCGGAUGUGUAAACAGCUUUGUAUAGGUGUAAACAUUCAUGGAUUGCCCAUGAGCUUAUUAAAGGCACACACAACCAGUCACCUGCAUCUGAUGUUACCUAUUGGGGGUUCUUUUUGCAAAACAUGUUGAGUAAAUUUGUCCAACAGAGCCACUGUUUGGAAAACCUCGGCAUUAGAUGUCGUGCCCGUAAUCCAGAUUAAAGAUUAUUCCUUAGUAAACUUAAGGAAGGAAUUGUAAACUAUGCUUUUCAGUUUUCUUUUGUAUUCUCAAGCAAGGUUUUAAUGAAUUACCUUAUGCACUGUUUGUAUCACGAGAAUCCGCUUAUGGUACUGCGGAAAGUUUGCUGAUUAAAAAUGUGAAUAUUACCAAAACUUUCAAUAUUUGAUUGUACUUUGAUAACUCGGUUCUGUAAACUAAAGCUUUCUGUUGGUGAGUAUCUUUUGCACAGCUCAUUUUUUGUGGGGGUAACGUUUGUCCUAAACACCCGUUCUUCACCUUGAAAACAUUUGUCCUGUGAUCUUUUCUCUGGCUUUUGACGCAGGUAAUUUUAUUUGUCGCAUCGGAUCAGUGUCUGCUAAAAUGACCCAUUGAAAGAUUGAUUCAUGUUAAGCUUCCUAGGCGACCAGAAAAGGGGAUUCACAUUUCAACUUAAUUAUGGUUUCAAGCGGACAACGGUCUAUGCACAGAACAGUCACUUAAACCAAAGGUCCGAAUUUCAACUGGUCACAAUUUGAAAUGGGACCAUUUCGACAUUUUAGAAAGAGGAAAAUCAGAAACCCAUUGCAAAAUCAAGGAAACUCUUCUUAUUAGGGACUUAAAACCACCCCUUAAUGAAAAUAAAAGCAGCGAAAAGCUUUCCUUGUACUAGUUUGCAUGAUUUCAUGCAAAUUUUCUCAUCUGUCACCAAACCAGUGGCAUCUUUUAGCUAGUCAAACUGAUUUGUAUGCUGAAUAGAAAAGAGAGCCAACAGAAAUCUCUCUCUCGUAUCCAGUUAUAGAGAGUGAGAGGAAAGCUUGGAUUAGUUUUUAUCUAAAUAUGGGACUGAUAACCAAGCCAAACAUUGUUACUGGAGUGCUGAUCCUGUCCUAA